AUGAGUAACUUUUCGAAUUUCCCAAAAGUGGUAUAUCCUGGGCAAUUAAUUUGUCCCGAAUACGAUACUGAACAAAAUAAAGAAGGUCAAGAUAUUGUUUAUCGAUUCAUAUGUGGGAAUGGUACUAAAUUAUUAGAUUAUAAAUAUAAUACUACUACUGUUAAAGCAAUAACUGCAACGUUAUUAGGUGAUGUUAAAGUGGAGGAAGAAAUUACUGUAAGGAAUGAAGGAGGUGAAGAGUCGGAAGAAAAGGAUAAAGAUAUUGAUGAAACACCUGAUAUUAUUGAAGACAGUGACGCUAAUAAUAGUUCGGAAGUUGAAAAAUUUUCUGAUAGAAUUAUAAGAGUUAUGAAAGUUUCUGUAGUACAAGAUAAUAAAUUUUCCAAAAAUGCAUUAGUUGAUGAUAAAUUUGCAAAUAAUCUUCCGAAAGAAGGAGAUAUUGUUUUAACCAGAGUAACACGUAUAUCAUUGCAAAGAGCGAAUGUGGAGAUAUUGGCUGUAGAGAACCAGAAUGUUCCAGUAGAUAGUGGGAUUGGUAGUAAUGGAUCUGGAAUUGUCGCGGCAUGUGGAGGAUCAGGUGCAUCGACCUUUUCUGUUUCACAAGUUUCAUCUGAUUUAGGUGAAACAUUCAGAGGAUUAAUUAGAUCGCAAGAUGUUAGAGCUACUGAAAGGGAUCGCGUUAAGAUAAUAGAUAGUUUUAAGCCUGGAGACAUUGUUAGAGCACAAGUCUUAUCGCUUGGUGAUGGUACGAAUUACUAUUUGACAACAGCUAGGAACGAUUUAGGUGUUGUGUUUGCAAAGGCAGCUAAUGGUGCAGGUGGGUUAAUGUAUGCAUUAGAUUGGCAAACGAUGAUUGCACCAUCUACUGGUAUAUCGGAGAAACGUAAAUGUGCUAAACCUUUUUAA